GUAGUAUAUAAGGCACUAGAUGCUCACUGUGCUAGUCGCAGAGUUGUUUCCUCCACAUAUCUUAACUCGAUUCUUCACGCACUAUGAGCGGUCUUUGGUUCGCCCCUCCCGAGCCUCCCACCAAACUUGGCCGCCACCGGCAGCUGGCACCUCUGGCAGGCGUGCACGUCUCACCCAUCCAGCUCGGUGCCAUGAGCAUUGGCGAUAAGUGGCAGGAAUACGGCAUGGGCACCAUGGACAAGGAGAGCAGCUUUAAGCUGCUUGACGCGUUCUUCGACGCUGGUGGCAACUUCAUUGAUACAGCCAACGGCUAUCAGGACGAGACGUCCGAGCUUUUCAUCGGAGAGUGGAUAGAAAAACACGACAACCGCGAACAGAUUGUUCUCGCCACUAAGUACUCGACCAAUUACAAGCGCGCCGCCCCGCUCAGCGAGAUUCCCCAAAAGACGCAGUACGUCGGCAACAGCCUCAAGUCGAUGCACAACUCCUUGAACGCGUCGCUUAAGAAGCUACGCACGAACUACGUCGACAUCUUUUAUGUGCACUGGUGGGAUUACGCCACCAGUGUCGAAGAGGUCAUGAACGGCCUGCACAAUCUUGUCGUACAGGGCAAGGUGCUCUAUCUUGGUGUCUCUGAUACGCCUGCCUGGAUCGUCUCAAAGGCUAACACCUAUGCGCGCUUGACUGGCAAGACGCCAUUCUCCAUCUAUCAAGGAGCGUGGAACAUCAUGCAACGCGAUUUCGAGCGCGACAUUUUGCCUAUGGCUGUUCAAGAAGGUAUGGCGCUGGCGCCCUGGAAUGUCCUUGCCGGCGGCAAGAUUCGCACAGAUGCGGAAGAGCAGCAUCGCCUCGAGUCAGGCGAGGGUGGUCGCGCGCUAUCCGGUGAUUGGAAGCGUACCGAGGAUCAGCGACAGGUCUGCUCGGCUCUCGAGAAAGUCGCCGCGGACAUUGGCGCAAAGAGCAUCACCUCUGUUGCCAUCGCAUACGUUAUGCAAAAGGCUCCAUAUGUUUUCCCUAUCAUUGGCGGACGCAAGAUCGAACACUUGUACCAAAACUUGGAGGCACUCGAUAUUUCUCUCACUCCCGAGCAAAUCAAGGCCCUUGACGAUAUCGUGCCGUUCAACAAAGGCUUCCCCUUCACCGGCUUUGGCGAUGGAUCCGACUAUAAUCGUAUACACAAGUCUGCAGGUCACUUUGAUAAGUGGCCUGCUCCCCAGGCAAUUCGUCCCGCGUCGAAACAGUAGUCACCAAAAUAUACUAGCCGAUAAGUUUAUGCAUAUGGUAGAAAGCUAUGUGUCAAGCGCGCUUCAGAACUUCACGAAUAUCUGACUCUCAAGACACAAAUUCAAGAACUGGCUAGCUUGGCACUAUUGACUUCGAAUCGGCGGGUACUGUAUGGUCUGAGCUCGGCUCGAAUUAACCAGCAGACACUUUCCUCCUGGCGACUCGGCACCGCACAGGCCAUAUAUGCAUCCGUUCUAACAGAACCGGUGGCCGAAAUCUAAUCGAUGGUGGCAAAUAUUCUUUGCUCCCAUGACCCCCAUCUAAGCCCCUGUUUCGCCGUUAGCCUGUAAUGCAAUCAGGACGGUUACUCUAGACGGUCGCUCCGCAGAUGGUGUGCAAUGUUCACUUAAGUUUU